AUGGACGACACCCGAUUGCUGCGCCAAUACGCCCAUCCAACCGAUCUGUGGACCACCCUCGUAUACAACUUUUUGGUAGCCGAUGGGUACUUCAGGACCCUAUUCAACUUUGGCCCCUACUGCGGACCCAUGACCACCCUGACCAGCUUUCUCAUCGUCCUCGUCUUCGCCUACACGGUAAACAAUUGGUCCAUCUUCUUGAGGAACUCGAAGAAAUUCUGGGAGCUCAGCGACCAGUCGAAAAAGACGCUGCCGCGCACGGAGAGCGUGAUGGAAGUCGAGCCGAAUUACACGUGCGUGAGGGAGCACCUGCAGCAAAUGGAGACGUAUAUGAAAAACACGAAAAAAGAGAUCCACAAAUAUCAGUUGGAAGUCAAGUUCAUCAACAGCCGCAUCAACAGCACGUCCACGCUCCUGAGCUCACCGGUGAUGGAAACUUUCGUUUUGUUUGUCCUCCUUGAUUUUUAA